GAGAGGAAAAAGGGAGGGAGGAAAAGUGAAUGUUUACAUGGUGAAUUUAUGAAUGACGUCGAGAGUGAACGAAAGAAAGGUGUGGCCUGAUUAAAGAUCCAGAAAGAGCGAGAGUUUGUGUGCUAGUUUGAAAUGAGCUGUCAUCUUUUUGCUGGCUUAGCGGUGCUCAGAUAUCUUUCCUGCUCAGUGCAGACAGAAAUGCAGCAUUGCUGGGUAUCAAAAUGUGGGAUGGUGCCUUGAGAACAACAGCUUGAUGGGUCAGGGCUGAAGGAGUGUGGGAGGUCUUUGACAGAGUGUUAGGAUGGCAACUGAAGCUUCUACCCUCCCAAGUCCUGUGGUGCGUCAGAUCGACAAACAGUUCCUGAUUUGCAGCAUCUGUCUGGAUCGCUACAACAAUCCCAAGGUCCUUCCCUGUCUUCACACCUUCUGUGAAAGGUGUCUGCAGAACUACAUUCCUGCCCACAGUCUGACUCUGUCUUGCCCCGUGUGCCGUCAGACCUCCAUCCUGCCGGAGAAGGGUGUGGCGGCACUUCAGAGUAAUUUCUUCAUCACCAACCUGAUGGAGGUGCUAAAGAGGAGCCCAGACACUAACCUCAGUGAGGACUGCACUGACGCUAUCAACGGAGUGGCCACUGGACAACCACUCUCCUGUCCCAAUCAUGGAGGAAAUCUAAUGGAGUUCUACUGUCCACCAUGUGAGACAGCCAUGUGUGAGGAGUGUACUAGUGCCGAACAUGCAGAACACGCCACCGUCCCGCUCAAGGAUGUUCUAGAACAGCACAAAGCCUCGCUACAGGAGCAGCUGGACGCCGUCAAAAACAGACUGCCAGAAAUUGACUCUGCGCUGGAGGUUUUGUCUGAUAUUCUACAGCAACUGAGCAAUCAGAAGAGUUCAAUAGAAGAAGUGAUUCAUACAACUUUUGAGGAGCUUCAGAAGACCCUAAACGUACGCAAAAGUGUUCUGCUGAUGGAGCUGGAGGUCAACUACGGACUCAAACAGAAGGUGUUGCAAGCCCAGCUGGAGUCGUUGCUGCAGGGGCAGGAGGGCAUUCGCAGCAGCUGCAGUUUCACAGAGCAGGCUCUUAAUCACGGCUCGGAAGCUGAAGUCCUAUUGGUCAAGAAGCAGAUGAGUGAGCGUCUUGAUGAGCUGGCAAGUCAGGAGCUCCCACUUCGGCCAGAGGAGAACAGCCAGCUUGACUUCUUGGUGGAGACCGACGGUCUUCGCAAAUCCAUCCACAACCUUGGUGUUAUAAUAACCACCAAUGCUGUUGCUGCAGAAACUGUUGCCACCGGUGAAGGCCUGAGGCAUUGUAUCGUGGGGCAGCCUACUUCUGUGACCAUAACAACAAAAGACAGAGAUGGAGGAUUGUGCCGGACAGGAAAUGCUCUGCUAAUAGCUGAUCUUUCUGCCUCUGAUGGCACCGUAGUGGGGGAAGGUGAAGUCACAGAUCAUAAAAAUGGCACUUAUGAGUUUGUAUACACAGUCCCGUGUGAGGGCCGCUUCACGCUCUCGCUAAAGCUCUACGAUCAGCCUAUUAGGGGCAGCCCGUUCAGCAUACGUGCCAGAAAAUUGACCGACAUCUCCCUGACUGCAGACGGAGGCAAGAAACGUCUCAAAUCUCCAGGAAGUAGCCAUGUGAAACAGCUUGCCAUCAAGCGCCCCGCCAGCAUGUACAGCACGGGCAAACGGAAAGAAAACCCAAUUGAAGAUGACCUCAUGUUUCGAAUUGGAACUAAAGGCAGAAAUAAGGGUGAAUUCACCAAUCUGCAGGGAGUUGCUGCUGCUUCUAUUGGCAAGGUCCUGAUAGCGGAUAGUAAUAAUCAGUGUGUUCAGAUAUUUUCAAAUGAUGGACUAUUUAAGAGUCGUUUUGGAGUGAGGGGCCGAUCACCAGGACAGCUUCAACGGCCAACUGGUGUUGCUGUGCACCCUAAUGGUGACAUCAUCAUUGCUGACUAUGAUAACAAAUGGGUCAGCAUUUUCUCCUGUGAUGGCAAGUUUAAGACUAAAAUUGGCUCAGGGAAGCUCAUGGGUCCUAAGGGUGUAGCGGUUGAUAGAAAUGGCCACAUCAUUGUGGUUGACAAUAAAUCCUGCUGCGUCUUCAUUUUCCAGCCCAAUGGAAAACUUGUAUCUAAGUUUGGAAACCGAGGCAACAGUGACAAGCAGUUUGCAGGUCCACACUUUGCCGCAGUGAAUCAAAAUAAUGAAAUCAUUGUGACUGAUUUUCAUAAUCAUUCUGUAAAGGUGUUCAGUCCAGAGGGUGAGUUCCUACUGAAGUUUGGGUCAAAUGGCGAAGGAAAUGGGCAGUUUAAUGCACCAACAGGUGUGGCAGUAGAUGCCAACGGCAAUAUUAUAGUGGCUGACUGGGGCAACAGCCGGAUACAGGUGUUUGACAGCAGUGGAUCCUUCCUGUCCUAUAUCAACACCUCCGCAGACCCUCUGUAUGGCCCACAAGGACUGGCUCUGACCUCAGAUGGCCACAUUGUGGUGGCAGACUCUGGGAACCAUUGUUUUAAAGUAUACCGUUAUCUACAAUAGCACUCUCAUCUCUAAAAAUAAAUACUUGCACUUUUUCCUUAAAGCUGCCGCCCCCUUGUGCCAAAUGGGACCCUCAUAUUGCAUUGCAGUUGUGUUGUUGUGGCUCCAUUUGUGACACCCUCACCUUGGACGGAAGAACAGACUCUGUACCCUGAUCGUGGUUCUUUGGUUUUGAAGUAUAAAGGAAUAACUUUUCCAGAAAUACAAAUUCUGUCAUUUAGCCUCAGGUUGUCUCAAACCACUAAGGAUUUCUUUCUUCUGUGGGAUGUAAAAGGGAAUUCUCUUGAAGAAUAUCCUGGCCUUUCUUGUAAUUAAAGAGUCUUGUAACCAUAAACGGGUUCCAAGCCAUACAAAGGCAUUGUGGGAGGAAAAGAUCAAAACCUUCCUGGUUGCUUUAACUCUUAAAUCUAAAAUGUUGCCAUUAAUUAUGUUGUUAAGAGUCUCAGAGAAAAGGAAGAUAAGCAAUGUAAAUAUAUAUUAAUAUAUUUAGCAUAUAAAAUAUUGUAAUAUAAGAAAACUAAUACAUAUCUCUCUCAUUCACUUUUAUUAUGUAAAAAAGAAAUCACCUUUUGUGCUCCAUGGAAGAAAGUCAGAGUGAUUUGGAACAACACGAGUGAGAGUAAAUGACAACAGAAAUGUAAUUCUUGGUUGUAAGUUAUGCAGUUCUUCACCUUUGACUCAAAAACUGCUACACAUUAGGGAAAACAUUCAUGUUUCUACUGUAUGUUGAAAAAUCUGAAUGUUCAGAUGAUUAAAAAGGGAACUCUUCAAAGCAUUGGCAUGCAUAAUAAGAAUGCAAGUAAUGCGAUUCCAAACUAAUUUUGAAUUUGUAUAUCUGCACAACAAAUAGACAAAACCCCCAAAACAAAUCUCUAUGGUGGGCUAGUAUCAAUAAUAUUUGACCUAUGUUUAAAAGUGAUGUCAGGAAUAUUCAUAAAAUAUGCAACAAUAUACGUGCUUCUUUGCUAUUGACUGUGAUGUGCACAACUGUGGUUGGUACAAUGUUCUUAUAAUGCAAUUAAGUCUCUUGAGUCACCCAUAUUAUGCAAGGAACAUCACUUGAUAUGCUUUUUAGAUUGUAAACAAAAUUUCCUUUUUUAAUAUCAUUGCACUGUUCAUUUAAAAAUCAGCCGUGGUCAUUUCUCUAAACCAUAAAUGUUAAUGUGUUGUUCAGAGAAACAAUAUCACAUGCUCAAAUCACCAGAUGCACUUAGUGAUUUAGCAACACAAAAAAUAUGUAUAGUGCUGUUAUUAAUAAUAGCCCCCUGGUUAAAUGUUUACCAGAAGACAUGCAUUAUAAUUACUAAUCUUCAUGUGUUCUGAGAGUGGUUGUGUUGUGUUGUUGACAAACCAACCAUGUUGUGUGUUCAUAUUCAUAAUGCUUAAAAAAAACGAAAAAGUGCCCAGGGUUCUUUUCAAGUGUAUUUAUGCCACACACACAGAUAAAUCUUCCUUGUCUUAUGUCCGUUCUCCUGUACAGUUGGAUUGUCAUACACAGGGAACUAUUGCUGCUUGUUUGCACAAAAUACACAAUAUAUUACAUGAUGUACAUUCCAAAAUGUAUUUCUCCCCUUUAUAUCCACAAACCUGCUUUUUUUUGUAGCAUUAAAGCUUGCAUUUUACUUCUUUGUUGUAUUAUCACAUGAAAAGACAUGCAACCAAUUACGCUUUUACAUUUGUAGAUCUUAAUGCCACAUUCAGGUGACAUGUUAUAUCAUUUUUUGCACAGCACAUAAAUAAACUAUUAUUUGAGAUGUUUUGGAUAUAUUCUAGUCAUUAAUUGACUAAACACAGACCUAUAGAAAGAUUGUGUACUUAAUUUUAUAAGGAUGCGUAAUUUGUUCCAUGUUGUACUUUGAUUAUGAAAGCAAGCUAGAACCUCAGAUGGAAACUUAGUACAAACCCUUGGAGCACUAGAAAUACAGUAAAAUGGUCUACUGUUUUUACUGAGUGAACUGAGUCAGUUUGAUAACACAGUUGACUAUGAGCCUUAAUUCCCAGUCAAGAACACCUUCUCCUGAGCCAUUCAUCAAUUCACGAUUCAUUUCAUGUCCGUGUUUCGAUUUGCUUAAAAUUGCAAAAACUAAUAGAAGGGACAUGAAGGCAGGGUACAUUUUUAUAAUGAAUGG